AUGGCCGAUCACCCAUUCAAUUUUAAACUAGUAUGGCUGUCUAUUGCCUUUAGCUUGUUGAUAACUCAUUCCAUUCCUGCUGUACAAUGCAGUAACAUUGUCUAUACUAAAGAAGCUUUAGCCGAUGAAGUUCUUAGCGUGCCCAAUCUACACGGGAACAUAACAUUUCGCCAUUUUUCUGGUUAUUUGAACUCAGUCGAUGGCGACAUGUUGCAUUAUUGGUUCUUUGAAUCAACAAAGAAUCCCACCAGUGAUCCUCUUGCCUUGUGGCUAAAUGGUGGUCCUGGUUGUAGUUCAUUACAUGGACUAAUAGCUGAACACGGGCCUUUCCAUGUAUCAGAUAAUCUACAAGUUCAUUUACGCGAAUAUACUUGGAAUCGUUUGGCUAACAUGCUCUAUAUUGAAUCGCCAGCAGGUGUUGGUUUCUCCUAUAAUAAAUAUACACGAUAUCGACUCAACGAUUCUGCUACAGCCGAAACAAAUCUUGUCGCUCUUCAAGAAUUUUUUCGAAGAUUUCCAACUUUUAAAAAAAAUGAUUUUUAUAUCACUGGUGAGAGUUUUGCUUCAGUCUACCUUAGCACUUUAGCAGUUCAAUUAAUGAAAGAUCCAUCGAUAAAAUUGAAAGGAAUUGCUAUUGGUAAUGGUAUCCUUGAUUAUGCAAUGAAUUUUAAUUCUUUAGUGUACUUUGCAUACUAUCAUGGAUAUUUUAGUACCCAAUUGUAUCAAAAUUUGAUUAAAGCCUGUUGUGUUGGAGACAUAUGCAAGUUCUAUGAAAGUACUAAUACAACAUGUAAAACACUCUACCAAAAACUUUUUAACUUAGUUUUCUUUGGUGGAUUAAAUCGCUAUGAUCUGUAUCAAGAUUGUGUGUACAAAAGUUACAAAUACUCACAAAAUAGCAUCAAUGUUAGCACUAGUCAAACAUUAUUGAUGGAGCUGGCUUAUAAAAGUUUCGCUACGCCACCAUGCUACGAUGAUACUAAAGAUGAGAAGUAUUUACGCUUACCUCAAGUUCGCCGAGCAUUAAAUAUUCAUAGUCAGUCAUUGAAUUGGUCCUUGUGCCGUACAUUUGUUCAACGAACCUAUAAAGUACAAACCUUUUCGUCCUAUAAAUUAUUUCCAUUACUACUUGAAAAGUAUCGUAUGUUAAUAUUUUUUGGAGAUUCUGAUGGUACAUGCAAUUACUUAGGUGGUGAAUGGGUGAUGAAAGAAUUAGGUUUGCAACCAAUUUCGGCUUAUACACCAUGGCAUGUCACUAAUAAAAACGGACAGCAAAUAGCCGGUUAUAAAAUUACGUAUCCUAACCUUCAUUUUGUCACCAUCAAGGGUGCUGGUCACUUAGUGCCUGAAGAUAAACCACAGGAAGCAUUUAUCAUGCUUCAAACUUGGUUGGAAGCUAAGCCGGCUACUUCCAUGGUUGUAUCUAGUUCUACAGCUGGUUUCAUAGUAGCCGUCGUUUUUAUUGCAAUAACACUAUUGAUUGAGAUAAUAUCUUAA